AUGGGUUCCAAUCUACCUGCCCAGCCGAACCUCAGGGUCACCAUUAUCGCGGCGGAUGGGCUAUACAAGCGCGAUGUCUUCCGAUUCCCCGAUCCGUUCGCAGUGGCCACCGUCGGUGGUGAGCAAACCCACACGACCUCGGUGAUCAAAAAGACAUUGAAUCCGUAUUGGAAUGAGAUGUUCGACUUGCGAGUCAACGAAGACAGCAUCCUCGCGAUUCAGAUCUUCGACCAGAAAAAGUUCAAGAAGAAGGAUCAGGGAUUCCUUGGCGUCAUCAACGUCCGCAUCGGCGAUGUGAUCGAUCUACAGAUGGGUGGUGAUGAAAUGCUCACCAGGGACUUGAAAAAGUCCAACGACAACCUUGUCGUACACGGGAAACUGAUCAUCAAUUUGUCUACUAACCUCAGUACCCCCAACACCAACCAAGCCAACGGAAGUAUGAACCGGUCACAUCUCCAGUCCUCAACAUCUAGCGGCCUUGUGCCCCAGGUCCCGGCAUCGACUUCGCAUCCUCCCCCGCCGCCUGUCGAUUCUCCCGCUGCCGCGUCGAACCCGUCCCUCAACCCGCAGCGCGUGCCAUCCGGAACUCGACCCUCGAGUACGGUGAUCCCUCCCAACGGAGCCCCGGCGCCCCCGAACGGUCAGCAAGGCUCUCGCACCAACCUCUCGUCCUUUGAAGACAGCCAAGGGCGCCUGCCGGCUGGCUGGGAGCGUCGGGAAGACAACCUGGGGAGAACGUAUUACGUCGAUCAUAACACGCGGACUACCACUUGGACCCGACCGUCGGCGAACUAUAACGAGCAAACGCAACGCACCCAACGCGAAGCCAACAUGCAGCUGGAACGACGAGCUCACCAGAGCCGUAUGCUGCCGGAGGACCGAACGGGCGCCAGCUCGCCGAAUUUGCAGGAGAGCCAGCAACAGCCGUCGCCGCAACAGCAAGCUGCCACCCCACCGGCCGGUGGGAGCGCCAACGCGGUGUCCAUGAUGGCCACGGGAGCAACCACUGCAGGCACUGGUGAGCUUCCUCCCGGGUGGGAGCAACGGACGACCCCGGAGGGUCGGCCGUACUUCGUCGACCACAACACCCGGACCACGACCUGGGUGGACCCCCGCCGGCAGCAGUACAUCCGUAUGUACGGUCAGAAUGCCAACGGCAACAACACCACCAUUCAGCAACAGCCCGUGUCUCAGCUGGGACCGCUGCCGAGUGGGUGGGAAAUGCGUCUGACGAAUACGGCCCGAGUCUACUUCGUCGACCACAACACCAAGACGACCACCUGGGAUGACCCUCGUCUGCCAUCGUCGCUGGACCAGGGCGUUCCACAGUACAAGCGUGACUUUAGACGCAAGUUGAUCUACUUCCGGUCGCAGCCCGCUUUGCGAAUCAUGUCCGGACAAUGCCAUGUCAAGGUGCGCCGUAACAACAUCUUUGAAGACUCGUACGCGGAAAUUAUGCGGCAGAGCGCCUCGGACUUGAAGAAGCGGUUGAUGAUCAAGUUCGACGGCGAAGACGGUCUGGACUACGGCGGUCUUUCUCGUGAAUUCUUUUUCCUUCUUUCGCACGAAAUGUUUAACCCUUUCUACUGUCUAUUCGAGUACUCCGCACACGAUAAUUAUACCCUGCAAAUUAAUCCCCAUUCGGGCGUCAACCCGGAACAUUUGAACUACUUCAAGUUCAUCGGACGUGUGGUUGGAUUGGCCAUUUUCCACCGUCGUUUCCUCGACUCUUUCUUCAUCGGAGCCUUCUACAAGAUGAUGCUCCGCAAGAAGGUCUCGUUGCAGGACAUGGAGGGUGUCGACGAAGACUUGCACCGUAAUCUGGCAUGGACCAUCGAUAAUGAUAUCGACGGGAUCCUAGAGUUGACUUUCUCGGUGGAUGACGAGAAGUUUGGCGAACGUCGCACGAUCGACUUGAAGCCGGGAGGUCGGGACAUUCCCGUGACCAACGAAAACAAGCACGAAUAUGUUGAGUUGGUGACGGAAUGGAAGAUCGUGAAGCGCGUUGAGGAGCAGUUCAAUGCCUUCAUGUCCGGCUUCAACGAGCUGAUCCCGGCGGAUCUGGUGAAUGUGUUCGACGAGCGCGAACUGGAGUUGCUGAUCGGAGGUAUUGCGGAUAUCGAUGUGGACGACUGGAAGAAGCACACCGACUACCGUGGCUACCAGGAGCAGGACGAGGUGAUCCAGAACUUCUGGAAGAUUGUCCGCUCGUGGGAUGCGGAGCAGAAGUCUCGACUGCUUCAGUUCACCACGGGUACUUCGCGUAUUCCCGUCAACGGAUUCAAGGAUCUUCAAGGAUCGGAUGGACCGCGACGAUUCACGAUUGAAAAGUCGGGCGAUCCGGCUGCACUGCCCAAGUCCCACACAUGUUUCAAUCGGUUGGAUCUUCCGCCGUAUAAAACCCACGAUGCUUUGGAGCAUAAGAUGUCCAUUGCCGUGGAGGAAACGCUCGGAUUCGGCCAGGAGUAG